AUGACAGCCGGGACAGUGGUUAUCACCGGGGGGAUCUUGGCGACUGUGAUUCUGCUCUGUAUCAUCGCGGUCCUGUGCUACUGCCGGCUCCAGUACUACUGCUGCAAGAAGGACGAGUCGGAGGAGGACGAGGAGGAGCCCGACUUCGCCGUGCACGCGCACCUGCCCCCCCUGCACUCCAACCGCAACCUUGUGCUGACCAACGGGCCCGCGCUCUACCCGGCCGCCUCCACCUCCUUCAGCCAGAAGUCCCCGCAGGCCCGCGCCCUCUGCCGCAGCUGCUCCCACUACGAGCCGCCCACCUUCUUCCUGCAGGAGCCCGAGGACGAGGGCGUGCGCAACGGCGGGGAGCGCGUCGCCUACACGAGCAUCAGCCAGGAGGACGUGGAGCUGCCGCCCGGGAGCGUCGGGGCCCUGCAGGUGCUCAAUCCCAACCGCCUGUCGGCCAUGCGGGAGGCCUUCUCCCGCAGCCGCAGCAUCAGCACUGACGUCUGA